AUGACGUCAUGGCCUCCGACUAAUCAGAAGAGGCGUUCCCGGGGGGGGGGCGUGGUUUUCCCGGAACCCAGGGUCCCGUGUGUCGCAGCAAGACUUGGAGAACCGGGAAGUGUCCACAGAGUGGGCGUGGGCGUGGGACUUUCCGCAGUAGAAGAAAACAUUCGAGCCCGAGAGGAGUACGACGAUGCCAUGAGCUCCGGGCAGCAGGCCUUCCUCCUGGAGGAGAGCGACGAGAGCCCCGAUGUCUUCCGGCUCAGCGUGGGCAGCCUGCCCCCGGGCCAGAGCGCCUCCGUCAGCCUGUCCUAUGUCACGGAGCUGCCCCUGCAGGAGGACGGGGCUCUGCGCUUCUGUCUGCCCGGGGUGCUCAACCCCCGCUACACCCCCGCAGGCGGCGAGAGCGUGACGGCCGAGGCGCCAGGCGUCCUGGGGGGCGCUGUGCCCUACACCCUGGCGCUCGGCGCCCACAUCUCCUCCCCCAGCAGCAUCGACAGGGUGCAGUCCAACUGCCCCCUCAGCCCGCUGGAGUAUCUCGCCGAGGAUAAAUCGCAGGCCAAGGAUACUCUGCUGCUCCUGCUGAAGAGCCUCCCCCUGGGCUGUUACUUCAAUAUUUAUGGCUUUGGGUCAACCCAUGAGUCCUUCUUCCCGGAGAGUGUGGAGUACAGCCAGGACACCAUGGACAAGGCCUUGGCGAAGGUGAAGACGAUGCAGGCUGAUCUCGGAGGGACGGAGAUUCUUCGGCCUCUGACCGAGAUCUACCAUAAGCCCUGCCUGCCUGCCCACCCUCGCCAGCUCUUUGUGUUCACGGAUGGAGAAGUAGGGAACACCAAACAAGUGACAGACCUUGUGAAGACAAAUAGUCUCUCGCACAGGUGCUUCACCUUUGGGAUUGGAGAGGGAGCCUCCAGUGCCCUGAUCAGAGGAAUGGCCACGGAAGGGUCCGGUCACUUCCAGUUCAUCACCGGAACCGAGCGCCUGCAGCCCAAGGUGAUGCAGUCUCUGCGGUUCGCUCUUCAGCCUGCAGUCCGGGAGAUUUCUGUGCGCUGGGACGUCCCGUCUGGGCUGGAGGUGUCUUCCUUGUCACCUCCCCUGAAAGCGUUGUUCCAGGGACAGAGAGCACUGCUGUACGCCCAGCUUAAAGGGCAGUGUGAUCACAGCGCAGAAGGCUCAGUGCUGCUGGAGUACAAGUUGGGAGAUGAGCCCUACAAGAGCAAACUGAGCUUCAGCCUGAAGCCCGACAAGGAGAGUGGGCUGACGAUCCACAGGCUCGGGGCACGCUCGCUCCUCCGCUCCCUGGAGAGGGAGGAGCGGGAGCAGGAGGGCGAGGAGGAGAAGAAGGCGGUGAGGAAGAGGGCGACGGAGCUGAGCACUCAGUCCGGAGUGGUGUGCUCUCACACCGCCUUCAUUGGCGUGAACAAGGAGAACAAGCAGCCCGUCCAGGGUCCUGUUCUGCGCAGGAACAUCCCUCGUUACCAGCUGAAUUGUCCACCGAUGGUGAUGUGCUUCUCCUCCACUGCAGGUAUGUGUGGUACAGUGCACUUCCUUUUAACAGUCUUCACUGUUCGUGCUUGUGUGUGCAGGGCAGGGGCAUGGCCAAGGAGACAGACUGAAAGGGAUUGGCAGUAUGGGAGGAAGAGCAGAGCUAAGGCAUGUCCCAGCAGCUAUGGUGGAGGACUUGACUCCGGACUGGGUUUAGAGCAGCAAAGAGACGGAGAAUCCCGUCGUGCACAUUACCCUGAUUGUGACGCGUUGCAGGGCAGCGAUUUUAUUUCACCAUGGGGCUGGGUCACGAAGCAGGUUUCACUUUCAGGAUUUCAGGAUUUUCUCAAGUUAACUGGAUAUAAAGGGGUUCUGCGCUCUAAUCGUACAGCGAGGUCUGGCAGAUCAUCAUUUAAUAUCUUUCAUUCAAAAUCUAGUCAGCGUGGCACCCCACCGGCCCCCGAGCCGCAGGAGAACCCCCUGCUGAAGCUCAUCUCCCUUCAGAAGGCGAACGGCUCCUGGGAUCUGGAUGAGGCUCUGCUGGCGGUUUUGGGGAAGAAGAAGAAGGAGGUGGCCAGCAAGAUGCCUGGAAAGGGCCUGGACAAGACCGCGUGGGCCACUCUGCUGGCUCUGCUCUGGCUGCACGGCUUCAAACUGGACUCCAGGGACGAGUGGCAGUUCGUGGCCCUGAAAGCCGUGUCCUGGAUCAAAGCCCAGCCAGGACUCGACGUGGCUCAGUGCGUUCAGGCUGGAGCCACCCUGCUGGGCUGCCAGGUGGAUCCUCAGAGCCUGGGAAUGUGAGCGGCGACCCUGGAAACCCUCCCUCCCCCAUCCGGAGUCUCUCCGGUGUGCACUCCGGGCUGGGGGGAAAUGGGGGGGUUGUUGACAGACCUGGCCUGGUUAGGAUUCACUUCGUGCUGCGCUGGCUUUCCAUCUCGCAGACAUAAACGCCCCUGGGUUCGGAAAUGACCUGUGAUGUGAAUAUAUGAUCUAUAGGAAUAUAUUAUGUAGCAUUAUAUUCAGAGUAUGUACCCCAGUGCUGUCCAGAUCAAGUGGCUUUCCUUGACGGGCGUUGUAUCCAAUAAAGCUUGAGGGGUUGUGAAAAUA